GUUCUUUCUAGUUUGCCCUCGGUUGGUGGUUCAUAAUUGAUGCGGCGACCCAAUACCCAGACAAUGAGAGAUUUAAUCACGCCUAUCAUGUGUGCGGUGUCAUUGCUACAAUUGCCAUGUUCAUGGUCAACUCAGUGAGCAACGGACAAGUGCGAGGGGACAUGUACACGGAUGGAUGCAUGGGUCCCCUCGGCGCACGUAUCUGGCUCUUCCUAGGACUCAUGCUCAGUUUCGGCUCGCUCAUCGCCGCCGGCUGGAUCCUCUUUGGGGGCUAUGUCAUCCCAAAGAGUAAUAUUUUCUGGCCUGGUGUUGCUGUAUUUCUCCAAAACAUGUUCAUCUUCUUCAGCUCAGUCAUCUAUAAAAUUGGACGUUCUGAAGACAACUGGGGUUAAAAAAGGUGGUUUCAAAGAGGUGCAAUUGUCUUGUAAUGUGUGCAAUUACUGUUAAUGAAACUGGGAAUUAUUGGUGUCUUAAUUGUCACUUGAGACUGAAUCUAUGAAGAGUCUUGCAUUGGAAGGUUUUAGUUUACUCAUGUUGCGACAGUAUGCAGCAUUCUUACCUCUCCCCCUUAUUUUAUAGCCUAGUUCUUUUUGUGUAAUGCAUUUUUAUGAGUAACAUAUUCUUAUAUAUAUUGCUGAUUAAUGUCUCAUUAGUGCCUAAUUAUUUUCCUUAUACUUUUUGUCAGCAAUGAUAUGUUUUUUUUUUUU